AUUAUCUUAAAUAUGCAAGUUUGUAAAUGUAUCUUAUUGAGUCAGAUUGUGGCAUCAGCAGAUAAAAAAAGUACUCAGCUUUUUUUAUGUAGCCAUAGACUAUUGUACAUUAUGCAGUGCUUUCUGUGACUGAUGUGGCGAGAUGUGUAGGCUGUAGGCAGCGUGUCCAAUGUUUAACAUGUGUUAGUGAAUGAAACAAGCAUGGAGAUGAAGGACGGAUUUGUACAGAGAUGCAUGAAGUUCAACUCAUGAUGGGAAUAAUUGUAGAUGUCCUGUGGUGCAAUGCACCCAGCACAUGGUCGUUUGGCGGUGUAUGUCAUAUGCAGCCUAAAUGCUGCAUUUUGAAAACAAAGAUUCCCUAUCAAAAAAUUCAUCCAACAUCUUCCACCAUGCUUGCACCAGACAUGGUGGAUGGGCUACUCUCUGGUUCCCAUUGUGCCAUAGCAGGAGUGUCUAUUAAGGGGCUCUUUGCCCUUCUGGUCCUGACUCUCCUACUGCCUCCAGGAGCAAUGACCAGCUCCAAACCUAUCACCUGCCACAAAACCUGUUUGUGUGCUAGCAACAUCGUCAGCUGCUCCAAGAUGAACCUGACCGGAAUCCCCAUGGCUCUGCCUCGCUACACCGCUGUGCUGGACCUUAGCUUCAACCAAAUCAGUAAACUGAAAGCUGAAUGGACCCCGGUCAAGCUCAGCAAGCUGCACAGUCUCCUGCUCAGCAACAACGGCCUCACCUUUCUCUCCUCUGAGGCUUUUCUGUACGUCACAUGGCUGCGUUACCUGGAUCUGUCCUCAAACGGCCUGAAAAUCCUGGAAGAGUUCAUUUUCGAGCCCCUGGAGCACCUGGAGGUGCUGCUGCUUUACAACAACCACAUCUCCCAGAUCGACCGCACCGCCUUCUCGGGCCUCAAUAGCCUGCAGAAGCUCUACCUCAGCCAGAACCAGGUGAAACGCUUCCCCUUGGAGCUGGUUAAGGAGAGGAACCGGCUUGAGAAGCUCACACUACUGGAUGUGUCCACCAACCGGGUUAAACUCCUGCCCAUACAGGAGCUCCAGGUCCUGCCUGCCUGGAUCAAGAACGGUCUCUACUUCCACAACAAUCCGCUGCCCUGCAGCUGUGAGCUGUACAGCAUGCUGGCCCGCUGGCACCUCCAGGAGCUCAGCUCCGCCACUGACUUCAGGGACGACCACACCUGUCUACUCCCAGGCACGCAGAAGGAGAAGGUGCUUACCUUGGAGCUUAACAAGGUCCAUCUAAAUUGCAGCGCUGUGACCAUCAUAGGCGAGGAGGCCUAUCUAGAGCAGAUUUUAAACCUGGGCUGUGACACCAGGCAGAGGGACGUGCUGAAGAGCUGGGUCUUGCCCGGCAAUGUACAGGUGUCCUCUGGGAACCAAAGUGCUCGGGUCCUCAACGACGGCAGUCUGCAGAUCGGCCCCCUCACGCUAGAGGACUCUGGAGUCUACACCUGUUACGCAGUGGGGGACUCCCUCAAUGAGACUCUGUAUGUGACUGUGGAGGUGCACAACACCACUCAGGCUGGAGGACACGAGGGCAUGAAGACUGCUUACACCACGCUGGUGGGCUGUCUGGCCAGUGCGGUGAUGGUGCUCAUCUACCUCUACCUCACACCCUGCCGCUGCUUCUGCUGCUCAAGCCAGGGCCUGGACAAGAGGGCUCUGGGGGACAGCCUCCACUCCUCCACUGUCAGUGUUUCUCCCACCCAUGAGGACACAGGCCCAGAGGGAGGUGGAGGAGGAGGAGGGGGGGCCUUCGAUAAGCCUCCCUUCAACAGGCAUGUGGCCUUCCCGGACCCAAAGGGCCUGAUCGAGCAGAAUGGGCGACUGAGCCCAUGUGGGGAGGAGGAGGAGGAGUGGCAGGAGGAGGACAGAGGAAAGCAGGAACAGAGAAGAAAGUCAGAUGUGGAGUCUCUGAGCUCUGUGUGCUCGGACACCCCUAUUGUGGUGUGAAAGGGUGUUUCGCUUCAACUAGAAGAUCUUUCACAUCAAAACAUUUGGGGGAAGGGGGAGGAUGGGCGACUCAUCUGCCUCAGUCGGACUGUGACUUGAUAAUUAAGCAGAAAGAGGCUGUCCACUUCCCAUAUGCAUCAGUUCAGUAGGGCAAAUAGCUUUACGUAGUGGUAUUACACUAUCUUGUCUUUUUUAUAAGACAAGAACAUUCAACCAAAUGAGGAUUCAUUCUCACUAAUUUAUUCUGUAGCAAUCUGUGUUCAUCAAAUGCUUCAAUCUCUAUGUUUUAAAAUACCAAUAUUGUUAAUGCUUUCCAGUGAUAGGGGGCACAAAAACAUUACGAGUUGUAGCUGAAUUCAUAUAACCAAUAGAAGCAGCAUUAAAAUAUAUUUAAUGCAAUAGACACAACAUUGCUCCAAUACAUCUGUGCUGCUGUGAAGCCUGGAUCACCAGGCUAAGAAUAGUUUCUGUCACUUAAUCACUAUAAGGUGGGGAAUGCUGGUGGGACAGUGUGUGCCUGGGACAGAAAGGAUAUUUGUUAGCAGCCAAGCCCAGUCCUACCAAAGGGAGUUGUUGUGACAAUCCACUGAGUACUUCUGGUUAUGGGUUCAAGUCCCUAACCAAACGGACAAAUACCUACUGGGCGAUCGUCUCAAAAACACGGUCAGAAAUAGCAGCCAGUAGUACAGCUAAUAUGCUAGCCCACUUAGCGCCCCUGCCACAGCUGAGCAUUGGAUGUAAACACAACUCUAGCACUGGAACAACAGAUACUGUGUCAUCCUGUCAUUUACUUGUAUUGCUAAACAGACACAACUGCAUCUAGAAGAUUAAGGACGGAUGUAGGUGGUAUAAUACAAAGGUCAUUGAUAUUAUGCCAGCAAGAUGAGCUCUGGAAAAAUGGUCAACAAACAGUCAGAUGUUAAUUUUACCCAUCUGUUUAUCAAGGUGGUUUGAGCUCUUGUUUUGAAGCUGAACCUUAUGAUGUAGCUCUGCUCAGUCACCCAGUUGUAGGCUAUGGGGGUUUCUUACCGUGCUUCAUUAGAUAUGACCUUGACUGACAGCUUUUCAACCUAAGUAUCUCUGUCCCUCUUAACUUGAAAUCAGGUGCCAUUGUAAUU